AUGGGGAAGAAAAAGGGCAGCAGGCGCGAGGACGAUGACCCCUUUGCUGAUCUCGGUGAAGAUGUGUCGCAGAACAACUUGAAUCCUGUCAAUCAAGAGACAGAAGAGACGCCGUCUCUCGAGGAGUCUGCACCUGGACCUGCGCAGGCAGCCAAGGAAGAGGCGGCUACGGAAGCCAUUCCAGACCCUCCGAGAAUGCUAACCAAAAAAGAGAAGGAGAAGCUCAAAAAGGAGCGUGAAAAGGAGAAGAAGAAGGCGCAGGCUGCCCAGAAAAAGGCAGCUAUGCAAAAGGACACCGACGAGGAGCCCAAGGAAGCGCCGCCUAAGGACGAGCCGCCCAAACCGAGUAACGAGCCGGCUGUGGGUGAGCCGGAAGAGGAAGAUGAGGGAGAUGGUGCGGAAGCGGCGAGCUCGGCUGCCGACAAGAAGAAAAAGAAGAAGAAGAAGAAGGCUUCGGAGGCCGCACCUCCCCCACGUAAGGCGCCUAAUGCUGCUGUCGCUGCUCUGCAAGCGCGACUUGCUGCACAGAAAAAGGCGGAAGAGGAGGCCCGUGCAGAAGAGGAGGCCCGUCUUCGUCUGAUUGAGGAAGAAGAGCGCAAGGAACGCGAAGAGGAAGAGCGCAAGGAAGCGGAGCGCUUGCGUCGCAAAGAAAAGGAGAAGCAGCGCAAGGAGCAGCUGCGCAAGGAAGGCAAGCUUCUGACUCCUAAGCAGAAGGCUGAACUGAAGAUGGCCGAGCAGCGAAAACAAGCUUUGCUUUCCUCGGGCAACAUAUCCGUGGCGGCUAUGCAGAGCGAGAAGCCGGCUGAGAAGCCCCGCCGUGUUGUGUACGACAAUCGUAAGAAAAAGUCGCAGCCCAAGAAGGACGAUCCGCCUGCAGAACUCGAGACCAAGGAAGAAGUGCCGCCUGAACCUCAGGCCGAGCCUGAGCCUCCGAAGGAGACUGAGGCGGUUGCUCCUGCCGCGGAUGAUGUCAAGGACGAUUGGGAUGCUUCGUCUGAGGACGAUGUCAAGGACGACUGGGAGCAGGAGAGCGAAGAGGAGGCUGAGCCGGCGCCGGUCGCGGAGCCGAAGCCGGCCGCGAAAUCUGAGGCGGCUGCAGAAAAGAAACAGGACGCGGAUGAAGACGAAGACGAAGACGACGACAAUGAAGAGUCGGGCGACGACGACGACGACUCGGAAGAUGACGACGACCUCACGUCAGCGCAGCGCCAGGCGCUUGAGCGCCGUCAAGCGGCUGAGCAGCGCCGUAAAGAACGUACCGAAAAGGCACUGGCCGAGCGCAGUGCUGACAACCUGCGCAGUCCCAUUUGCUGUAUUUUGGGCCACGUUGAUACCGGUAAGACCAAACUACUCGACAAAGUUCGACAGACCAGUGUGCAGGAAGGCGAAGCGGGUGGUAUUACGCAGCAGAUUGGUGCUACAUACUUCCCUGUGGAGUCGCUGCGGGAAAAGACAAUGGUGCUGAACCAUGGCAACUUUGAUUUUAAAGUGCCUGGUUUGCUGAUCAUUGAUACGCCCGGUCACGAGUCCUUCACGAACCUGCGUUCGCGUGGUAGCUCGCUCUGCAACAUUGCCAUCUUGGUCGUCGAUAUUAUGCACGGACUCGAGGCGCAGACGCUGGAAAGUAUCCGCCUUCUGCGCGACCGCAAGACGCCCUUCAUCGUGGCGCUAAACAAAGUCGACCGUCUCUACGACUGGAAGCCUACGCCCAACAACGCGUUCCAAGACUCAUUGUCACAGCAGAGCCAAAGCACACAAAACGAGUUCGAAGAGCGUGUUUCAAAGACUCUGCUGGCCUUUGCGGAGCAGGGUCUCAAUGCCGAGUUGUACUACAGGAAUAAAAACAUGGGUCGCUAUGUUUCGCUGGUGCCCACCUCGGCCAUCACAGGAGAGGGUGUGCCUGACUUAUUGCAGCUCCUGGUGACUCUGACGCAGACUCGUAUGAGCUCGAGCCUGAUGUAUCUGUCCGAGCUCGAGUGCACGGUGCUAGAGGUUAAAGUCGUCGAAGGCUUUGGCACGACCAUCGAUGUUGUUCUGUCGAACGGUGUCCUGCACGAAGGUGAUAAGAUUGUCGUAUGUGGUCUGAAUGGACCCAUCGUCACUCAAAUCCGGGCUCUGUUGACACCGCAGCCGCUCAAGGAGCUGCGUGUCCGUGGUGCCUAUGUGCACCACAAGGAAGUCAAGGCGGCGUUGGGUGUAAAGAUUGCGGCGCCAGACCUUGAUAAAGCUGUCGCUGGUUCGCGCUUGCUCGUUUGUCAUUCUGACGACGAGGAAGAAGUGCUGCGGGAUGAGGUGAUGAGCGACCUGACGAACCUGCUCAACUCGGUCGACAAGUCGGGCAAGGGUGUUUGUGUGCAAGCAUCGACGCUAGGAUCACUGGAGGCCUUGCUCGAGUUCUUGCGCGUCAGCAAGAUUCCUGUGAGCGGUAUUAACAUCGGCCCUGUUUACAAACGUGACGUCAUGCGCUGUGCAACGAUGCUGGAGAAGGCCAAGGAGCUUGCUUGCAUUCUCUGUUUCGAUGUGCCUGUUGACAAGGAGGCUGAACGUCUCGCUGACGAGCUUGGGAUCAAGUUGUUUACCGCUGAUAUUAUCUACCACCUGUUUGACAGCUUUAUGGCGUACAGCGCGGAGAUCAUGGAGAACAAGAAGAAGGACGCCGCCGGCACAGCCAUCUGGCCAUGCCGUCUUCGCACUAUCGCUGCGUUUGCCAAGCGUGACCCCAUUAUUCUUGGUUGCGAUAUUCUUGAUGGAACCCUGCGCAUCGGUACGCCGUUGUGUGUGGUUAAAACCGAUUCGACGACGAGGAAGAAGGAAAUUGUUCCACUCGGGCGCGUCACAUCUCUCGAGAUCAACCACAAACCCCGUGAUGUGGUGCUGAAGAAGGACGUGGGUGCCGGUGUGGCUGUUCGUAUCGACCCUGAUCCGAAUGAGGCGCCGAAGAUGUUUGGCCGCCAUCUCGACGAGAAGGACGAAAUUUACUCGCUCAUCAGCCGCAACUCGAUCGAUGCCUUAAAGGAACACUUUUGGGAGGGUAUCACAAUCGAAGAAAAACGCCUGAUUAAAAACCUCAAAGCUUUGCUGGAUAUCCCCUAG